AUGUUUUGUCGUGUGAACCAACUUAACCUCAUUUUUUGAGACUUUGCUUGCUUAUUGGUAUUGGCUUUAGUUUAUAGCAAAAAAGACCUAUUUUAAAGUUUUUCAUGUAAAAAAAUGCCAAAAAUCAAAGAAGUUAUCACCUCUUCUAGUCAUAAUCCCGUGUUAAUUGAUUUUCAGAACAGUAAAAUCGCGCCAUCAGCUGAAACAUCACUGAAUUGCGAAGUAUUCAAAACAGGAAACAAUGUUAUUGUAGGGGUACAAAAUGGUGACGUGUGUUAUAGUGGGGAGACCCACAAGGACUCUGAAUAUAAUACUUUUUUAAUGGUGCAGCCACCGGGAUCUAAAGAGAUAACUUUGGUGCUGCUUGACACUUGCACAGGAACCCCAUUAUUAGAUAAAAAGACUAAAUCCGUCACUAGCCCGGUUAAAAGUAAAUCUCUGGCAGAUCUCAGAAAAGAGUUUGGCUCAAAAAAAGCAAAACGAUAUACCGAACAGCAAGAAAGGCUUAACAUGAAUAUUGAAAAUGUCAAGGAACAUCUGGAACAAACAGUUGCGGACAUCAAUGUUACCCAGUUAAAUACAAGUGUACAAGAUGAGGGAGAGAGUCUAUAUAGGCCAAAGAUUAACAGGAAUGCAUCCACAAAAGAGCAAGUUUAUCUGUUGGGAGAUUUAGUUCCAAAGGAGGUUUUAGAUUCAUUGGAAAAUAGUGUUACUGAAGUUUUGGAGAGUGAAGAUAUGACUGAAUUUGAAUUAACGCCUUCCAUCCAAAAAUAUAUCGAAGCCUUAAGGUCUUCUUCUUUCCCAGAGAUGGUGGUCAUUGAAAAAUGCAAAAUCCUUCUGUACAUUCACUUUUUAGUAAAAUUUUUAAAUACACCCCUUAAAAGCAUGACCAAGAAGUUUAUUGCGUGUGAAUGUUCAGAGUUGGUUGAUAAGAAUUUAAAAGAAACCUACAUGAUUAAUGGCACAAGACCAUUGAGUAUGAGAGACAAAGGCCUUUGUUACGCAUUAGUUUUACUAAUGUUAGCGCUCGAUUAUGAAUUGGACUUGGAGCCGAUCUCUAAAGAGCUAAAAUCAGGACUGAAAAAAGUACAGGAGUUCGCACGAAAUUUGGGCUUUAGUCAGUCGAACAAGAACAAGAAUGUUUUUAUUUUGAAAAUACCGGUACCGCCGCCGGUGAUGCCUAAUUUAAAGCGAAAGAGAAGUUCAAUUUAAGUGUUAAUAAGAUCGAGUAUUUUUAAAUGUAGAUAUAUAUUUUAUGUUUUUUUUAACGAUUAAAGCUUUUUUUGACGUUUCUA